ACCAUCACUUUGCUUCAGGCCUUCAACCUGGGCGUGAUACCUCCUCUUGGAUUUGAAGAAAGAAAGAGACAAGGGAACACUCCGAAGUGGGCAUUACAGAAUCAGAGGAGUUGCAUUUUGAUCUUGCCAUUGUUUUUUGGUUGACAGGAGAUGCUUUCUUAAUAUAUUGGAUUUCGCAUUUAUAUGCUAUUAGAGCAAGAGCACUCUUGAGAUAAGCAAAGUAUUUUGACUUUGAUUUCUACCUAUUUCUUGCCAGGGAUGUUAGUUAUUUACCACGUUCGAUAACUUCUGGUAGUCAAUGUACACUAUAUCAUCCUUUGUUGGAAUCCGUUUGGUUUGGAUUUUAGUGCAUAAUUUGGAAAUUUUUUAAUGAGUUUUCUCAUUGAUUCCUUUUUCUUGUGCCAUUAUUAUUAUUAUUAUUAUUAUUUGGUCUGAAAUCCCACUAGACAGUUGGUCAGAAAUGUUGCUAUUGGAGUGGCUCUAUCUGAAAAAAGAAAAAAACGUUGUUCCAAGGUUACACGUAGCUUAGGAUCCGGCGAAAAUGAAGACACAAGAGAAUACAUGUUAUGUAAUCCUGUUUUUAUUUCAUCGUUUCUCUAACAUUUUGGAGAUUUGGUCUCAAGUAAAGUAAGAUUUAUUGUUUAUCAUAUUGGAUUAGUAUUUGAUCCCUUCAUGCCUCUGUCUUGAGUCUUGACUGGAAAGUUCUUUGUUACAUAUAAUAUGAUGGCGUGAUCUGUGACUUGUUAUUUUGUUCACUGUUUUAAUAUGUAGUGGAUUCGCAAAUUUGCUGCAUCUGCAUGCUGGUAAGGGAGUAAAAAAUUCUCUUUUUCCCCUUUGUUUAUAUGCUUCUAUUGCAGCCUUUUUUUUUUUUCCAGUUUCUUAGAUUUGGAGGGAAAGAAACGGGAAGCAUUUUCUUAGAACUUUAAGGUUCUAUUAGGUCCGUUAUGCUGGUAUGGUCUCUGAGUUGUAUUGGAUUCUAGGGGAUCCAAGCAUGACUUAAAGAAAGUAGGGCAGUGGAAUGAAAAAGAAGAAAUAUUCUGUCAAAAUGAACUGUCUUAGCCUCUCAGAUUAACUAAAAUAGAGGCGGUAAUGUCAAAAUGUACCUUGGAUGUGUGUAUUUUCUUGUCCUUUUCGUGCUAUUACAUCUCCUCUGUCUGUCGAUUAGCAAUCUUAUAAAUAACCAAUCAAUAGUUGUCUGACUCUUUCAUGCUCUGACCUUUACAGGAGCAUUCUGAUACAAAAUUCUGUUAAUAGAAUUGGCAGUAAAGUUCAGCUGCAUGGGAAAGACGAUUCAUAUUUUUGGUUUCCUUGAUGUCGUGGCUGCAGAAGUAGUCGAGUUUUUGGAAGGAUUCACAGGUCAGGGAACAGUAUAUGCUUUAGAGGUUAAGCAGCCCAAACGAGGAGGACCUAGAUCAAAUGCUAGGGUCCAAUUCACAGAUGAGAGGAGCGCUGAAUGCAUUAUGGCAUUGCCAAAGGAACGCCUUUGUUAUGGUUCUUCAUAUUUGAGGGCUUCAGAAGACGACAAAGAUUGGUUUCCGUGGCCUAUAACCUAUGAGCAUCACAUGGAGCAAAUAGAUUUGAACUUUGGGUGUCCGGUGUCAGAGAAUAGGUUUUCAGUGCUAUGGAAUGUGGCAAAUGUUUCAGUUAGAUUCGGAAUUGGAAUGAAGAGAAUGUAUUUUAUUUUGCAGUUUCACUCUCAUGACUACAAGCUUGAAUUAUCCCGUGAAAACAUAUGGCAGAUUGUACUGCAUCGAGGUGGUCAAGCAGCAGAAUUUCUCCUCAUACAGUUAUCUGGUGCUCCUCGGAUUUCCAAAAAACUUGAAGAAUCCCCCUAUCGCUACUUUAAGGAAACUCCAUAUGACCAGUGGGUCAGGACGACAGAUUUCACUUCAUCUUGCAUUGGGCAAUCGUCUGGCAUAUGCUUGAAGCUUCCUCCUGGUAUUCAACUGCCAAAUUUAGGUGAUUAUUUUCCUUGGUACAAAGAAAGUGACAGUCAAUUUAUGCUGGAAAAUGGUUUCCCCUAUUCAGACAAUUUGGUUUUAGUUCCUAUUCUGCGUCCCCCCCAAGGACUAUAUGUGCCAUAUGAAAUCUUGUUCCAGGUCUGUUGUUUAGUACAGACCGGAUGUCUUCCAGGGCCAUCACUAGAUGCUAAUUUCUUCGGGCUUGUUGAUCCACAAAGAAUAGAUGUCAAAUACAUAGAACAUGCCCUAGAGAAGCUACACACAUUGAAAGAGUGCUGCUAUGAGCCGGUGCAGUGGCUCAAGGAGCAGUAUGAUAAGUAUGACAAGCUCCGGCGACUCCCCAAAUCACGUACUCGUACUUUGGCAGAUAGAUUGGUAGAUGUCCGGAGAGUGCAAGUUACACCAUGCAAGGUGUAUUUCUGUGGUCCAGAGGUCAUUGUAUCUAAUCGUGUAUUGCGCCACUUUUCAGAGUACAUUGACAAUUUUCUUAUUGUUUCGUUUACUGAUGAAGAGCGGAAUAAGAUGUUUCCAUCAGACUUGUCACCUCGUAAAGGUGCAAAUGAGAAUGGAAGGACGGAAAUUUACGAGAGAAUACUGUCAACACUAAAAAAUGGCAUAGUUAUUGGGGAUAAAGAGUUUCAAUUCCUUGCCUAUUCUUCAAGUCAAUUAAAGGAAAAUUCAGUAUGGAUGUUUGCUUCGAGACCCGAUCUUACUGCUGCUGAUAUAAGAAGAUGGAUGGGUGAUUUUAGUGAGAUAAGAAAUGUGGCGAAACAUGCUGCCAGGCUUGGUCAAUCUUUCGGUUCUUCCAGGGAAACACUAAAUGUUGGUAACAAUGAGAUUGAAACAAUUCCUGACAUAAAGGUAAGAGAUGCUUACCGCUCUACAGUCGAGUAUGUCUUCUCUGAUGGCAUUGGGAAAAUCUCUGCUCAAUUUGCAAGGCAAGUUGCCACGAAAUAUGGCCUAAGCUCCACUCCGUCUGCUUUUCAAAUUCGGUAUGGUGGCUUUAAAGGUGUUGUGGCUGUUGAUCCGACUUCAUCAAAGAAGUUGUCGCUGAGACUGAGCAUGAAGAAAUAUGAAUCCAAUAACACCAAGUUGGAUGUUUUACAGUUUAGUAAAUACCAGCCUUGUUUCCUCAAUCGCCAGAUAAUUACUCUUUUGUCUACCCUGGGGGUCGAGGAUGUUGUAUUUGAAAAGAAGCAGAGAGAAGCAGUUGCCCAGUUGGACACUAUUCUAACUGAUCCAGCGAAGGCACAUGAGGCUUUAAAAUUAAUGGCUCCUGGACAGAUCUCAAAUGUUCUCAAGGAGAUGCUGAAAUGUGGCUAUAAGCCUGAUUCUGAACCAUUUCUUUCAAUGAUGCUGCAAGCUUUCCGGGCAUCGAAACUGCUGGACUUGCGGACUAAAACAAGGAUAUUUAUACCGAAUGGAAGAUUAAUGAUGGGAUGUCUGGAUGAAACCAGAACCUUGGAAUAUGGCCAAGUGUUUGUUCAGUUCUCUGGUGCUGGGCGUGGGCAGUUUUAUGAUGAUUCUAUCCCGUAUUCUAAGCACAAUAUUAUUCUUGAGGAGAAGGUGGCGGUUGCAAAAAAUCCGUGCUUGCACCCUGGUGACAUCCGUAUUCUAGAAGCUGUUGAUGUGCCAGAAUUACAUCAUAUGGUGGACUGUAUUGUCUUCCCCCAGAAAGGAAAGAGGCCUCAUCCAAAUGAAUGCUCUGGAAGCGAUUUGGAUGGAGACAUUUACUUUGUUGGUUGGGAUGCUGACCUGAUUCCACCUCGGCAGGACGAACCUAUGGAUUACACUCCUGUACGUCCAAUGCAGUUGGAUCAUGAAGUUAUAAUUGAGGAAGUUGAAGAGUAUUUCGCCGACUACAUCAUGAAUGACACUUUGGGAACCAUUUCACAUGCCCAUACUGCCUUUGCUGAUCUGCAACCACAAAAGGCCAGGAGUAAACCAUGUCUAAAGCUUGCGAUGCUCCACUCGAUUGCAGUUGACUAUCCAAAGACUGGAGUUCCUGCUGAGAUACCAUCUCAUCUACGUGUCAGAAAAUUUCCUGAUUUCAUGGAAAAGCCUGAGAGGCAAACGUAUGAGUCGCAGAAUGUGAUUGGAAAGCUUUUCCGAGAGGUCAAAGAAAAGGCACCAAAGGCACCAUUCACAAGCUCUAUUGAAUCAUUUACGAGGGAAGUGGCAAGAAGAUCAUUUGAUGCUGAUAUGGAAGUAGAUGGAGUUGAGGAUUAUGUUGAUGAAGCUCUUGUUUACAAAAGUGAGUAUGAUUAUAAAUUGGGUAAUUUGAUGGACUACUAUAGCAAAAAAACUGAAGCAGAAAUAUUGAGUGGUGGUAUGAUGUGGGUGUCAAAAUCUUUGGACCGGAGAAAUGAUGCAGAAGCUGUUGGAAUGGCCGUGACAUCCUUAAUGAAGGAAGCUAGGUCCUGGUUCGACAGGAAUGUUGGUCACUCUGAUGAUGCAUACGCAAAAGCAUCAGCAUGGUACCAUGUCACUUAUCAUCCUGAUUACUGGGGUCGCUGCAACGCGGGACUGAACCGGGCUCACUACAUUAGUUUCCCAUGGUGUGUCUAUGAUAAGCUGAUUCAGAUUAAAAAGGGGAGCAGAGGAAGGUCUCAGCUCAUUGCAGCACCACGUUCCUUCUCCCCAAUUGUCACUAGUGCUAUUGCAGCUGCCAUUCUCUUGCGCCUGACCGCAUUUUAUUUUUCAAGCCAAUAAGUAUAUAUGCGGAUUCAGUUGAGAGUGAACCCUUGUAUGCCUAUACAGUGAGUUAUAAUAUAAAAUCUGAUUUGUAUUCUAAUAA